UAUAUAUCAAUUACCAGACCUAUCAUCAUCAACAACUUAUUUUUUUUGUAAUAUCAGAAACCAUAGUAUGAUCCCAUUCACACCUAAAAUGAGAUCAUUAAAUUACAAUGUUCGUCUUCUAUAUAUAUCAAUUACCAGACCUAUCAUCAUCAACUUGUCCAGUACUAUACAAUGGAGACGAGGGAUUCAUCACUAGGGCAUGUUGGUGACUUGAGCUUAUUUCAUGAUCUCAUGGACGAGACAAAUUUCAAGCAGUUCGUUGAUUUCAUUAGAGGCGAAAGCGCGGAACCAAUUGUUAAGUUUUGCCCUAACUAUGAUUGUGCGCAUAUCAGUGGAUGUUUGGAAGAUGACCAAUUAUUUGGACCGACCCUGGGAGAUGUUUUUGAUUUCAGUCCUGCAGCAGCCAUGUCCAAUCCGAACUCAGUAAUGAAUUCGUUGGCAGGCGUUGAUGAGGAGAUGAAGGGCGCGGAGGAAGAGAAUGAUGAGGAGGAUUCAUCUGCAACCACGACGACUACUACUACACCAACAAAGAGGACAACAAAGGUUGAUAGGUCGAGAACUUUGAUCUCAGAGAGGCGGAGGAGAGGCCGUAUGAAGGAGAAGCUCUAUGCAUUGCGUGCCUUGGUUCCGAACAUAACAAAGAUGGACAAGGCCUCCAUAGUUGGAGAUGCUGUACUGUAUGUGCAAGAGCUGCAAGUGCAGGCUAAGAAGCUAAGAGCCGAGAUUGCAGGACUCGAGUCAUCCUUAGCACAAACAGAAGGAUAUCAAGGAGGAUUAUUUGAAAACCCAAAGAAGAACCAAGUUACUAACAUGAACAAUCAUCAUACUGUCAAGAACAUAAAGCAGAUGGACAUGUUUCAAGUUGAAGAAAGAGAAUUUUAUGUGAGAUUGGCGUGCAACAAAGGACAAGGGGUAGUAGUGUCACUCUACAGGACUCUGGAGUCACUCACAUGCUUCAAUGUUCAGAGCUCCAACUUGGCUACAAAUACUGAGAGUUUUGUAUUGACGUUUACUUUGAAUGUUAGAGAAUGUGAGAUGGUCAUCAACUUACCAAAUCUGAAGCUAUGGGUAACCGGAGCUCUAGUGAAGCAAGGAUUUAGAUUCGAAACACAAUCAUGUGCCUAAAACCUCUUCGAAAAUCUCUCUCUCUCUCUCUCCUUUUUGAUUCUCAACCUAAUAAACCAUGUAUGUUAUUCAAAUUAAUUAUGUUAAUUGCCACAAGUACUGUAUGUUGUUCAUACAUGGUGCUACUAAUUUACAACUUA